UCUCUCUCUCUCUCUCUCUGUCUCCCCAUCUCUAUACGGACCUACCAGGAUGCCUGGCAACCCCCGAUGGGUGCAAUCAUGAGCCCAUCUGUACCCUCCUUUUCACUCUUGAGCGGAACCAGGCGAGAAUUAACAUCUCGGUGACACCUUCCGCCGGUAGCCCGCCGAGUUCAAUGCCCUUUGAACGACAAGCUCAUCUUCGCGUGGUAAAGAAAUGAGAUGAGCUUUAUUCGCAAACGAGAGGGAGACUUCUUGGGAGGCAAACGAUGCAGUAGAAAAUGCUGCAUGAUUUGAACAUUUUUAGUCAUAUUAACUGGUAAGCAAACCUGUGAGAACAACAGCAACUUUAAAUCUUUCAUUUGGCAUUGGCCGAAAAACAGUUGAAGAUUGUAACAGCAUCUUGAAAGCCGCCAUUGCUGGGUUAAGGAAACCGUUGACGAACAUCUUGGAGGAGAGAUACUCUUGUUGGAAAACGAAGGAUAAUUUGAGGUUACUGGAUUACUAUUUAUCGUUAUACCAGCUGCAUCAAACUUCUCUUGGGCAUCAACGUCAUAAUCUUCUUUGUUUUGUUUUUGUUUUGGUCGGUGAAGACGUUUGUAAAAUCAACUGCUUGGUCUAACCAAAACAUUUUUCGGGUGACGAAUCGUGAAUGAUGUGCGAUAUUUGAUAAUGACUGUCCCUGUGUGAAACUUAGCAAGAUGUAAAAGAAAAUGGAAAUUGAUCAUUCGUUUAAAGUCUCUCGAGAGAUCUUUGGAAAUGAUGGACAAAAAGUGUUAUAACCUGUUAGGAUAGCAAACGGAAAAAACUUGUCUAGGAUCCGGCAUUGAAAAUAAUACAGCUGCUGUCCACUGCAAUUAGAAACCAGAAGACAGACAUGGAUUUCAACAUUAUCUUGUGUGCAAUUUUAGCAAUUCGACUUUCAUUCACAAUCGCCCAUGGGUCACCGAGUUUUAAACCCGACAAAGAUUGCGAAAAGUAUGUCAGUCACCAUCGAGAUAGAGUCGGUAAUAAUACUAAAUGUAACUGCAAAUGUCGCCGAUGUCCCGACAUCGUCGAUCGCUGUCCAUACGGGACGAUACAAGACACCCGCGACCCAUGCCGAUGUUGCGACGUUUGCGCCAACGGCCUCGGCGAGUACUGCGAUCCCGACAACGGCACGUUCUCCGAAUACGAAGCGUUCUUUUCGAAGUUGGCGACGAGAACGGGUUCGGACGUCGAACCGAUGUCGUUCCGAUGGGACCCGACGAAGUACCACUUCGGCAGCUGCUGGGGUGACAUGCACUGUCGCCCCGUCAAGGACUUGCCUUGGAGGUCGUCUGAUAUUCGCUCGAUGGCGGUGCAUGCGUACCUGAGGUCGGUCGAGACCGUCUGCGUGUGCAAGAACGAUGAGAUGGUGUGCGGAUCAGACGGUGUCACCUACGACAACAGGUGCCUGAUGAAGAAAGCCGAGAAGGAUUCGAAGAUGGUGAUUAAGGAAGUUGCACCUGGAAUGUGCAAGGGAGCUCCUAUAUUAAUGAUGUCGCCCUCUGAUGUCGUACUACGCUCAGGCGAUCGCGCUCUUCUCCACUGUCAGUUCGCCUCCCAGCCCGUGCCGAAGGUCGAUUGGCGACGAAAAGGGAGCCUCCUCCAAUCGUCCACCCACCCCGUCAUCCCCGGCGACGACGUCCGUUUCGUCGUUCAUGAGCACGGCGGACCGGAGAAGUUCAUGGUGACCACGUGGCUCGAUAUCGUCGACGUAAGCCUGGACGAUGCCGCCAUGUACGAAUGUAGGGGAAGCAAUAUGUAUGGGACGGCAACGGGAACGGCAUCUAUAUUCGUUAAAGAUGGAGUAUGAUGACGAGGUCGAACUCUAUAGUGAUGUCGAGAAAACUAGAUCUUUUGCACUCGAAUUCGUUUUCGAGUGCUUUUUAUACUAACACAUGAACUCACUGGAGAAUUACCAAGCAACUCCUUUUCACUGUAUAUAUAAAUGUAAUGCCAUGAAAUUUAUGUAGGUGUACUUACAUUUAGUCACGAAUACUGUCUUAAAGG